AUGCCACGGAAUGUACGGGAAAUUGUGACAACAUUAUCGAAGUCCAUACGGGGCGUCGGACUACGCCGCAAUAAUGACAGGGACGAAAAGGCUGCAUACCAGCCAAACCUGGACUACGCCGCAAUAUCGAAACCUCUUUUUCCCACUCACCGUCGUCUUGCGAAUCACACGCUCCAUGCAUUAACGUGUGGGGCUCUGCCGCCCGGACCGACGCUUACUUCAACCUCCAUAGAAAGGGAUGAGAGACCAUGGAGCCCAGAAUUUCCAAUAGAAAGGUUGCCCCUUGAGUGCAUGGUCUCGGACUUCGAAGCACUACCACCAAUCACGCUUGUAGAAGUGGUAACCCAACAAGGCCGCGCAUACUCCAGGCUUCUCACUUUCACCACUUCAAUCAUGGCCGAGAUGACACUUUCUACUCAAGCCAUUCAAGCCGAGGAUCGAACUGGCCACAAUGCAGCGCAGAUCCAACAGCGCUAUAGUGAAGAGCGAAUGAAACGUCUCCGCGACGACGGCAAUGAUCAAUUCAUUGACAUCUCUCGCUCCGAUAAAUUCCGCUCAUUCAUGGAAGAUCCGUGGAGUGGUGUGCCACCAGUUAAAAGGGUCACCGAGAUGUUUCCGGAAGGCCAGUGUCAAUUCCUCAUUCUGGGUGCCGGUUUAGGAGGUCUCUUGUAUGGAAUACGCAUGAUUGAAGCUGGGAUUCCCGCGGGCAAUAUUCGCAUUAUCGACACCGCGACCGGGUUCGGUGGCACAUGGUACUGGAAUCGCUACCCUGGACUUUUUUGUGACAUCGAGAGCUACAGUUAUCUCCCGUUGCUGGAAGAGACAGGCUAUGUACCGAAACAUCGCUAUUCUUCCGGCGAAGAGAUACGCACUUAUGCCGAGCUCCUUGCGAAUAAGUGGAGUCUAGCCGAGAGCGCCGUUUGGCAGACCAAAGCCGAGAGACUUGUGUGGGAUGAGGGCGCAAAGGAAUGGCUGGUGAGUCUCGUGCAGCAGCGCAAGCAUGAGGCACCGCAGACACUGAGUAUCCGCGCGCGUUUCGUGGCUACCGUCAAUGGUGCACUCAAUUGGCCAAAGCUACCAGGCAUCCCGGGAAUCUUGGACUACAAGGGUAAAAUCUUUCACUCAGCCCGCUGGAACUAUGGCCUGACUGGUGGCUCACCGGAGGAUUCAUCUUUGACAAAGCUCGAAGGAAAGAGAGUUGCUGUCAUUGGCACUGGCGCGACAGCGGUCCAAAUUAUACCGAAGCUCGCGCAAUGGGCGGAACAUGUUUAUGUUGUCCAGCGUACUCCUUCCGGGGUGGAUCGUCGUGAUCAGCGCGAGACUGAUUCGGAAUGGUUCUAUCGGAGCGUUGCUACAUCGACAGGAUGGCAGCGAGAGCGUUUGAGAAACUUUCAUCAGCACUUUACUACCGACAAGCAACCUGAAAUCAACAUGGCUGAUGACGCCUGGACAACUGCCAUCGGCAUGGUAGCUGUUGCCGGUAACCAAGCUGGACCGAAAUCGAUGGAAGAUCUUCCAGAGUACAUGGGGAAAUUGCACUCACUGGACCUACCGCGACAGGAGCGCAUCCGCCGGAGAGUAGAAGAAACCGUCAAGGACCCCUUGGUUGCCAAAAAGCUCCAAGCGUGGUAUCCGACCUGGUGCAAGCGACCUGCGUUCCACGACGAAUAUCUGCCUACAUUCAAUCGGCCCAACGUCACGCUCAUUGACACUGAUGGCAAAGGACCGGAUCGCAUUACCUCCGAUUCGAUAGUCGUGGCCGGCCGGGCUUAUCCUGUUGAUAUCAUUGUCUGCGCUACGGGUUUUCGACUUCCCUUCAUGGUGUCUCCCGCUCAAAAUGCCAACGCAAUUAUCAUCGGCUGCGAUGGUAUCUCGAUGAGCGAGAGGUGGGGGCAACAAGGACCGUCGACUCAGCAUGGGGUACUCGAUCACGACUUUCCCAACCUUUUCAUUUGUGGGUUGUGGCAAUCGUCGAAUAGCCCAAACUACCUCUUCACCGUCGAUUCGCUUGCAAAACACUCUGCAUACAUCUACAGAGAAGCAACGCGCAUUGCUGGCGAUAGCGCCUUUGCAGUAGCGCCCACCGCUGAGGCUGCAGAGAACUGGGCUAUGCGAGUGCUCAUACACUCUGUACCAAUGGCUGCUGCGGCCGGCUGUACUCCUGGCUACUUCAAUGCUGAAGGGGGAAUCGAUCGGGCGCCUCCCGAGAGGCAAAUGUUGAUGGCGCGAUCUGGGCUUUGGGGGCGGGGAAUUGAAGAUUUUGUUGAAGUGUUGGAAAAGUGGCGCGAAGCUUGCCAAAACAAUAAACCCGCGCUCUUCCGCUCCAUACGUCCAAUCCACGCCCGUUCAUUCUUGCGGGAUGUUAUACACUCGCCCGAUCUACUCUACUCGCAGGCUACAUUCCUCAAUAUCAUCAUCGCUAGGUGUAUAAACAGUUCAUCUUUCAUGGUCAGUGCGCCUAGUCGCACAAAUCUCGCCUAA